UGCAAAAUGUUGGUAUUGAUAAUGCAGAGAGAUCAAAAACAUGGUUCACAAAGUUGAUUUAGUAAUCUUUGCAGUCGCCGUGGGUCUGGCUGUUGGUAUCGUCAUAGCAACACUUGUAUUCCUUAUCAUACGGUGGUACAAAAGACUCUCUUGUCUUCGACGGUCUUCACAUAACAGCCCUCCAGGGGCACUACCUAUACACAAAAGUGAUGUAGACAGACGUGAUAUCUUGAGUGAUACCUUCAAAAACUCUGUUACAAUUAAACUGACAACUUAUCCGACCAAAUGUUCACCGCUUGCGACACUGUAUAAAAAUGAUAAAAUGCAACUGCCGUCUUCGCCUGGGCUACUGAAAUACUCUUACAAGGACGUCCAGAAGGCCACAAAAAACUUUACGACUAUAUUGGGAAAAGGAUCUUUCGGUCCUGUAUAUAAAGCUGUGAUGCCAGCUGGUGAGAUUAUUGCAGUGAAAACUCUCGCUUCCAAUUCCAAGCAAGGGGAGAAGGAAUUUCAAACUGAGGUGUCUCUUCUAGGAAGGUUGCAUCAUAGGAAUUUAGUGAAUUUAGUUGGGUAUAGUGUAGAUAAAAGGCAACGCAUGUUAAUAUAUGAAUACAUGAGGAACGGAAGCUUGGCAAGCUUUCUACAUAAUGAAGAGAAGCCCACCUUGAAUUGGGAAGAAAGGCUUCAAAUUGCUCUUGACAUAUCACAUGGGUUAGAGUAUCUUCAUGAUGGGGCAGUGCCGCCUGUCAUACAUAGAGAUUUAAAGUCUGCUAAUAUCUUGCUAGACCACUUAAUGAGAGCAAAGGUUGCUGAUUUUGGCCUGUCAAAAGAGGAGGUUUAUGAUGAUCGACAUUCGUGCGUUAAAGGCACAUAUGGCUAUAUAGAUCCUGUGUAUAUAUUGACAAACAAAUUCACCAAAAAGAGCGACAUCUACAGUUUUGGAGUUAUCCUAUUUGAACUCAUUACAGCCAUUCAUCCACAACAAAAUCUCAUUGAGUAUGUUAAUCUAGCAGCCAUGAGUUCAGACGGUGCAGAUGAAAUCCUUGACAAGAAACUGGCAGGAGAAUGUGAUCUCAAAGAAGUUAGGAUUCUAGCUAGAAUAGCUCACAGAUGCUUGCAUAAAACACCCAGAAAACGACCAGCAAUUGCAGAGGUUUCACAGGCUAUAACAAAGUUAAAGCGUCGGCAUUUGACCAGGGCUGAGAGUCAAAGCGCCAUGUCUUUUGGAGGUGAAGAGUUCUCAGGAGUCGUGGGUUGCAUAGAGGUGCAGCAAAAUCAUUUACUAAGAAUGGCCAGCAUCCAUGAAAGCUGAAAAGUAACAAAAUGAAGCAAGAAUAUCAUCUUGUUUCUUUUUGGCAUAUUUGCUGAUGCAUUUGACAUGUUGUUGGGAGUAUACAUUGUAUACACAUUAGUUGCAGAAUAAUCUACAUAGUAUCAUUUGGUUACA